AUUAUUCCCAUCGCAUUGCUCGCCGCCAGCCACUCGACUCGUACCUUCAACAAGCUUCCUCCUUCCUUCCUGAGUUCCUGUUCAGUCCGGCUCUGGUUUCGGCUUGUUCUCCUCCACAAAUAAAUAAAUAAACAAUAAAUCAAAUCAAAUUCAACAUAAAACAAAACUACUGUUCGGUUGUCCAUUCCGUUCUGUUCUAUCAACCCCGCCUUCCAAAAUCUUCUCCCGCUCUCUCUCUCUCUCUGGCAGGCAGGCAGGCAAGAUUGGAGAACGAUUCGGAGCAUUCUACAGGAAGCAAGCAAGGAAGAUUCUCAGUCCGCGACGUGGCAGUUCACCCUGCGCCCACAAACACACCAGUCCAGUCCAGAGAGCGAGAGAGAGAUGAGAUCAGCCAGUGUAUGCCACAUAAUAGAAUAAGAAUAGAAUAGGAAAAAGGCAAAAUGAAAACCAAAAAAUCCCACCCCUGAUAAUACUGAUACAUACUCCUUUUUAUCUUCUUUCUUCCCCGCCCGUAACUUCGCAGUCCUCCUCCGAGUUCGAGGAUGCUCACCGUUCCCUUAACUAGACUCGCGCCGCCCGGCCUCACCCCCCUCCCUGCCGCUGCUGCCUCCUCCUCCAAAUCCUUCGUACUUGGCCAGGGUCCCAGCUUCCAGUUUGCCUUGAUUGGGUUUAAGCCCAAGCGCUUCCAUUUCUUGUCACCAUGUUCUUCACUCAGAGAAACCAAGAAACAGCAGCAGCCGCAGCAGACUCUUUCUAAGGCUCCCGAUACCGCCCCUCAAAGCCUCGGAAAAAUCUUCAAUUUCGAUCCAAGAGGUGAAAACAAGGAGAACUACGAAAACGAUGGUAAUGCUAAUGCUAAUGAGACUGAGAGUGCUGCAGCCGAUGACACCGCUGUUAAAGGCACGCUCUUGGCGGGGCUUCUUCUCGUAGGUGUUAUUGGCGGGUUUGGAACUGUUGGGUACAUAUACAGGGAUCAGAUUAAUGCGCUCUUGACACAAUUUUCUGGCUUCAUUGAUGGUUAUGGGCCAGCUGGGUAUGCUCUCUUUGUGGCAGUCUAUGCUGGAUUGGAGAUACUUGCAAUCCCUGCAAUCCCAUUGACAAUGUCUGCGGGUCUACUGUUUGGCUCUGUUACUGGAACUAUUAUCGUCUCUUUAAGUGGCACGGUCGCAGCUAGUGUUGCAUUUCUAAUCGCCAGAUAUUUUGCUCGUGAGCGAAUUCUUAAGCUUGUGGAAGGAAAUAAAAAAUUCCUUGCAAUAGACAAAGCUAUUGGAGAGAAUGGUUUUAAGGUCGUUACCCUGCUCCGUUUGAGUCCAUUGCUUCCAUUUUCUCUUGGAAAUUACCUCUAUGGACUUACAUCAGUCAAGUUUGUUCCAUACGUGUUAGGAAGCUGGUUAGGCAUGCUUCCUGGAACAUGGGCAUAUGUGAGUGCUGGUGCAUUCGGGAGAGCAUUAAUUCAAGAAGAAUCUGAUAUAGGAGGAUUAGGAGGGGGGAAUGGGCAGCUAUGGACUCUGGGACUAGGGCUAUUGGCAACAGCAGUGGCAGCAUCAUAUGUCACUCGGCUAGCUAAGGAUGCUGUAAAAGACAUGGAAUAGAGAGUGAAGAAGGGUGCAUAUGGCAGGCCAGCUGAGCCUGCAGCCAUACGAUAUGAUACGUAGAGUCAGGGGUGGUAGCAGCAUUUACUUGAUCUCACCGUCAUCUUCCACCCCACUUGAUCUUAGUUAUAUGCAAUUGUGUAUAUAUGUGAACUGUACAUUGAUGAUACCUCUGACCUCCCAGCCCAUCAGAUCACAUCAGAUCCAAUCCAUUUAUGUAUGUAUAUUCCAUGUUAUUGAUGAUUGAUUAUAAGCAGCAGCAGCCAAUAGUGUAUUUUAUUGUAUUGUGUUGCUCUAUAAUCAACAUUAUGGAAAUAAAGAAAUAAAACAGGAAGAAAGAAGGCCAUUUCGUUUCA